GGGGGCGGGCGCGGUGACGAACAUAUCAAGAGACGACACUGCGACUUGCUCUACAGUGAACGUGGCCCUUCGUGCACACAGGAAAGACUCAUGCAGCGUUGGCUCAACUUGACCAUUGCCCGACACAGCAGGCUCCUCUUGAAGAAUAAAUUCCCAUCUCUUCACCAGUCAGCAGCCAUGUCAAGUCUUCUCAUUAGUCAACCUAAAUAUGCUUGGCUGAAGGAGCUGGGUCUCUCUGAGGACAACCCCGGUGUUUACAAUGGCAACUGGGGCGGCAGCGGGGAGGUUAUCACUUCAUACUGCCCCGCCAACAAUGAGCCGAUUGCCAGAGUAACCCAAGCUACGAUGGUGGAGUAUGAAGAGACUGUCCAGAAGACAAAGGAAGCUUGGAAAAUGUGGGCUGAUAUUCCUGCUCCAAAAAGAGGGGAGAUUGUGCGGCAGAUUGGAGAUGGACUGAGAAAGAAAAUCAAAGCACUCGGGAGCUUGGUGUCUUUAGAGAUGGGAAAGAUCUAUGUUGAAGGGGUGGGAGAAGUUCAGGAAUAUGUUGAUGUGUGUGAUUACGCUGUCGGUCUGUCAAGAAUGAUUGGUGGGCCCGUCUUGCCUUCAGAAAGACCAGGCCAUGCCCUGAUCGAACAGUGGAACCCAGUUGGUCUAGUUGGUGUCAUCACUGCUUUCAACUUUCCUGUGGCCGUCUAUGGCUGGAACAACGCCCUCGCUCUUACGUGUGGCAAUGUUUGCCUUUGGAAAGGAGCACCGACCACACCUCUUACAAGUGUAGCUGUUACAAAGAUUGUAGCUGAUGUGCUUGAGCAGAACAAUCUGCCGGGUGCUAUCUGCUCCAUGACCUGUGGAGGUGCUGAUAUUGGUACGGCCAUGGCCAAAGACGAGCGGGUGGAUCUCUUGUCUUUUACUGGCAGCACUAAUGUUGGCAAGAUGGUGGGCAUGAUGGUCCAAGAACGGUUCGGCCGCAAGCUGCUGGAACUCGGCGGGAACAACGCCAUCAUCGUGUUUGAGGAUGCCGAUCUUAAUCUGGUGGUGCCCUCUGCGGUGUUCGCAUCUGUUGGAACCGCUGGCCAGCGCUGCACGACCACAAGAAGGUUAAUGCUGCAUGAGAGCGUCCACGAUGCAGUGAUUGAGAGGGUCGCCAAGGCCUAUAAGCAGGUCCGCAUUGGAGAUCCCUGGGAUCCCAGCACUCUGUAUGGGCCUCUGCACACCAAACAAGCGGUGGAGCAGUAUCUGUCCGCAAUUGAGAAGGCCAAGCAGCAAGGCGGCACUGUUGUCUGUGGAGGAAAAGUAAUGGACCGUCCUGGAAACUAUGUGGAGCCCACCAUCAUCACCGGGCUGGCUCAUGACUCUGCGAUCGUCCACACAGAAACCUUUGUCCCCAUUCUCUACGUCCUCAAGUUCAAAACCGAAGAGGAGGCAUUUGCAUGGAACAACGAGGUGAAGCAGGGCCUGUCCAGCAGCAUCUUUACCAAAGAUCUCGGGCGGAUUUUCCGCUGGCUCGGACCUAAAGGGUCCGACUGUGGCAUAGUGAAUGUCAAUAUUCCAACAAGCGGUGCUGAAAUCGGAGGGGCCUUCGGUGGGGAGAAGCACACAGGAGGAGGCAGAGAGUCUGGAAGUGACUCCUGGAAGCAGUACAUGAGGCGCUCAACCUGCACCAUCAACUACAGCAAGGAUCUUCCUCUUGCACAGGGAAUCAAAUUUGAGUGAGACUUGGUGCUGUUUGUUGUUUGUUUAGGCACUGAGCAGCACUUAAUAUGAUGACGUCAUCCCUUGUCGUUGCUUCCUUGAAUUAGAAAAGGUCAUUUUGAUAAAGAUUAACUAAUAAUCAUAGAUUAUGAAGGUCUAUGGUUUGAGUGAUAGGCACAGGGAUAGAACCAGAGAUUUCAAGUUCCUUUACACUUUGCAACCCUGCAAUGUUGAGGUUGAUUUGCAAUUUUGUACAAGCUCUUGCAAGUUGUGCUAUGUGAGUCAAUCAAAUACUUCUCUUAAAAUAAAAAAAUUAAACUUUUGUUCUGGCAGA